CUCUCUCCCCCGUCUGUGUCCCCGCCUCUCUAAUUUUUCUUCAAAUCCCAAAAGUUGUCUUGUUUAACUUCUAUUAUUCUACUUUUUUGUGCACUAAUUCCCAAAACUCCAAGAAUGGGAUUUCUCAGUCUUCAGAAAAUCCCUAUCAGUUCUUGAAUUUUCUUAACUUCCUGACUGAUGUGAUCACUUCCAUUUUCACUUUGCAUUUCAGUUCCAAAUUGUUUCACCAUUUCCAGAUCUCCCCCCAACAAAGUUUCCAUCUUUAAACCCACCAAAAGAUCCCAAAAAUCAUUUUUUUUCCUUGAGAUGGAACACAAAUAUAAGCUCAUAUUAAUCAUAGGACUAACAUCAUUAAUACUCUUAACAAUUCUUUUCCUCAUAAUCUUUUGUUGUAGAAGAAGAAAGCCUCAAAAUGUUUCAAGAGACAUAGAAGCUAACUUUGAGUGCAAAGAAAUUGGUGGGGUGGUAAAUUCAGAGGAUUUUUUUAUCAAGUUUCAAGAUGUAGAAGAUCUAACUGUACAUGAAUUGCUGGAUGCCCCUGGUGAGGUUAUAGGAAAAUCUAGCUAUGGAACUCUUUACAGGGCUAGUUUGAUCAAUUCAAAUUCACUUAAAUUGUUAAGGUUCUUGAGGCCUACUUGUACAUUGAGGAUGAAAGAAGUUGUACCAAUUAUAGAGUUUCUGGGGUCUAUUAGGCAUCCAAAUUUGGUGCCUCUGAAUGCAUUUUAUGCAGGGCCUAGAGGAGAGAAGCUUCUUGUUCAUCCUUUUUAUGGGCUAGGAAAUUUGGCUCAAUUCAUUAAAGAUGGUAAUGGCAAAGCUCACAAAUGGCGGAUCAUAUGUAGGAUCUCCAUCGGCAUUGCUAGAGGAGUUAAUCAUCUUCAUACGGCAUUUGGAAAGCCCAUAGUUCAUGGAAAUCUCAAGUCGAAGAACAUAUUAUUGGAUCGUAAUUACCAACCAUACGUGUCGGAUUUUGGCCUGCAUCUUCUUUUGAAUCCGACAGCAGGGCAACAAAUGCUUGAAGCAUCUGCAUCUCAGGGAUAUAAAGCGCCCGAGUUGAUUAAAAUGAAAGACGCGAGUGAAGAAAGUGAUAUUUAUAGUCUGGGGGUAAUCCUUCUGGAAUUACUUACUGGAAAAGAACCGAUUGAUGAAAAUCCUACUCCUGAUCAAGACUUCUAUUUGCCUAAUGCUUUGAGGGCUGCAAUUCUUGAUGAUCGAAUUACGGAUUUGUAUCAUCCAAACAUCCUUCUCAGUCGAAACAAAGAUCAUACCGUAGUCACUGAAGAUGAUAUUUUCAGAUUUUUUCAACUUGCAAUGGCUUGUUGUUCUCCCUCAACUCCCCUUCGGCCUGAUAUUAAGCAAAUUCUCAACAAGCUUGAAGAAAUUGCAAAGUGAGAAUCUUGGAUUUGUGAUGAAAAGUUGAACAUGCUGAUCAUGAAAAUUGGCUUGUCAAAAUUUGAUUACGAUUUGACUUCUAUGGUGACAUGGAUCGACUUUAUCCUGAAGACUUAACCAUUGGAAUGCUUGUUGAAGCAAAACCGUAGAGGAGAAUACAAAAGUGUCCUAACAUGUUUACCGGGAUAUUUAUAGUACUUGGUCUGAUGCAGCUGUUAAGGAUCUAGUUCCUUUAGAUGAGCUAGUGGAUGUAGCGGUGUAAGAAAAAGCAAUCUCGGAACCUACUCCAAAUUUAUCAGGAACAGGACGGAGGUACAAUUUUCAGUUACUUUUGAGAUGUUUGUCUCGACUGAACAGUUUCUACAGCACAUAUACCUGUUAAACUGGAAUUUACCUUCUUCCCGAUAUUUAUUCUAUUUCUUUACCCUUCCGGGUAAUCAGUUGACCAAUUUUGUUAUCAUGAAGUUUGUUCAAGAAUUUGCAUUUCCAACUUUCCCAUUAUUAUUGGAAUCAAAGCUUAGAAAAUUCUUUGAAAUUGAA